AUGCACUCUGACCUCGAGAAGCAAGAAACUCACGAAGGACACCUUUACGAUGGCUACCCCGAUUAUCGAAUGGGGCUUGACGAAGAGGAAUCCACAGCAGAGAUCUCAAUAUCGAGACAACGAACUAGAAUCACCGAUCCUCGAUCGCUUGCAACAAGAAUUGCAAGUCAUGAAUCAAGACAGCCGAAUUUCUAUCACCCGUUAGAGCACACACCCACCACUCGAAAUGUCAUUGUCGAUUUCGAUGGACCGGAUGAUCCAUAUAGACCCAUGAAUUGGCCGUUUUAUAAGAAGGCCUACACAACUUUGAUUUAUGGUUUGGUAACCAUGGGAGCCACAUGGGGCAGCAGCAUAUAUUCCUCAGCCAAUGAGAAGAUUUCAGAAAAAUAUCAUAUCGGUUCUGUUGUCGCUACCCUUGGUGCACCACUGAGCGAAGUCUUUGGUCGAAGAACAGCAGUCUUUUAUCCAUACUUUAUCGGAGCCAUUUUCGCAUUCGAUAGUGCAACAGCAAAAGACACGCAAACUUUGAUGCUGACUCGAUUCUUUGGAGGAUUCUUCUCUUCAGCUCCUGUUACAAAUACUGGUGGAGUCUUGGGUGAUCUUUGGACACCGGCACAAAGAGGUCCUGCUAUGGCAGCUUAUGCAAUGGCAGUCGCCAGCGGACCUCUGGCUGCCCCAGUUGUUGGUGGGGCCAUUGUGGAUAGCUAUUUGAGCUGGAGGUGGGUAGAAUAUACAACCGGAAUACUCAUGAUGCUUAUCCUAAUCAUCGCGAUUAUCUUUGUCGAUGAAUCGUACCCUCCUGUACUCCUCGUAUACAAAGCCCGUCGACUUCGUCACGAAAAGGGGAACUGGGCACUGCAUGCCAAACAUGAAGAAUGGGACGUCUCUUUCCAACAACUUGCCACCAAAUACUUUGUUCGUCCCUUUCAACUCCUCGCUACACCAAUUACAGCCUGUAUGGCUGCAUACGCAUCGUUCGUGUACGGAAUCCUGUACCUCUGCUUCGCUGCCUUCCCAAUCGAAUUCGAAGAGGAGAGAGGAUGGAAUCACCUUGUCGGCUCUCUCCCAUUCCUUGCUACUUUGCUAGGCUGCAUCACAGGAGCAUCAGCAAACUCAAUGAAUACAAAAUACUAUAUUUCCAGAGUAGCGGCAAAUAGAGGUCGUCCCGUCCCUGAAGCAAGACUCCCACCAAUGAUGUUUGGAGCCAUCGUCUUUCCGGCAGGCUGUUUUCUCUUCGGUCAGACAUCCAGUAAACAUGUUUUCUGGCUCUGUCCUUGUAUUGGAGCAUAUCUCAUCGGCCUUGGUUUCAUCACCAUUUUCCAAUGUGCGCUCAAUUACUUGAUUGAUACUUUUCAAGUGUAUGCGGCUUCGGCAGUGGCGGGGAACACGGCACUGAGGUCAACGUUCGCAGGUGUGUUUCCGUUGUUUGCGCCAGCGAUGUUUCAUAAUUUAGGGAUCAAUUGGGCGAGUAGUUUGAUCGGGUUUGUAAGCGUGGCAUUAAUCCCGAUUCCGUUUAUCUUUUUCGUCUAUGGGAAAAGAGUUAGAGCUAUGGGGAAGUGUUCGAGGGCUAGUUGUGAAUGA